AUGAUCAAUACCAACUAUGAUGAGUCCGUGAUUCAUGACGCGGUGGCAAUGUGCGGCUGGAAAUCUGAAGAAGCUGAGAUGCCUUCAGAUGAAGUGGUCGCUCCUUCGCCACGUGAUGAACUAUACUGCUAUCGGUAUGAGGGAUGUCAAAGGCUAGAAGACUAUGCUCUUGAAUGUCAGUUAAAGAAACGUGUUCGGGUACACACUGUACUUUUUAAAUGUGCCGAGUGCUCAUACAUAGCAGCUGCAAAGAAGGACGUUGCUCGGCAUGUCAGGGUUCUUCACGGGGAACUUGCUGAGAGAAUUUGGGGGCCCAAGGAGCUGUUUGUCUGCGCCGUAUGUCAGAAGAAAUUCACACGGAAAGACAACGCUCAAAAGCACUACAAAGCACAACACCUUCCGUAG